CCUCGGUGUUCUCGCUGCAUCACAUCUCAGGAAACGAGCCCCGCCACGAUGGCCGACAAUCCAUCAGAACCAGCAUCCAAGAGGAAAUGCCUAGGGGCAGACUGUGGAAAUGAUACUGGGGAUUUACAGUGCCCGAAAUGUAUGAAGAUGGGCAUUAAGGAUAGCUAUUUCUGCUCCCAAGAUUGCUUCAAGAGGAACUGGAACCAACAUAAAAUCCUACACAAAACAGCGCAAGGCAAGACACAAAAUGUUACCGGAUUUUACAAUCCCUUCCCGACAUAUUCCUUCACCGGCACUGUCCGACCAGUCUAUCCACUUUCUGCGAAGCGCACCGUCCCCAAGUCGAUAACACAACCUGACUAUGCCGAGACUGGCAUACCGAAGAGCGAACGGCGCUUGAACGGGACGAAAGUUGACAUUCUAGACGCCAAGGGGCAGGAGGCAAUGCGCAAGGUUUGCAGAUUAGCUCGACAGGUACUGGACAUUGUCGCUGCAGAACUCAAGCCGGGCAUCACCACAGAUUACCUUGACGAGCUCUGCCACAAAGCUUGCAUAGAACGGAAUUCAUAUCCUUCUCCCUUGAACUAUAAUCACUUUCCCAAAUCGAUGUGUACUUCUCCGAACGAAGUUGUUUGUCACGGAAUACCCGACCAGCGAAUCCUUCUGGAUGGUGAUAUCAUCAAUCUCGACAUCUCAUUAUAUCACGAGGGUUAUCACGCCGAUCUAAACGAAACGUAUUAUGUGGGCGAUCGAGCCAAGGCGGACCCAGACUCGGUCAGAGUAGUUGAAACGGCACGGGAAUGCUUGGACGAGGCAAUUAAGCUCGUGAAGCCCGGCACACCAAUACGAGAGUUUGGCAACGUCAUUGAGAAGCAUGCCAAGGCCAGAAACUGCAGUGUCGUCGCGACCUGGGGUGGUCAUGGCAUCAACACCAAUUUCCAUCCCCCGCCGUGGAUACCUCAUUAUGGCAAGAACAAGGCAGUAGGGGUAUGCAAACCCGGAAUGACUUUCACAAUUGAGCCCAUCCUUGCGCUGGGAAAAUCUCGGGACGUUUAUUGGCCGGAUGAGUGGACAAACGUAACUGUUGAUGGCAAACGGACUGCUCAAUUUGAACACACCUUACUUGUCACAGAAACUGGCGUCGAAGUCUUGACUGCGGCAAACGAAAAUUCUCCAGGGGGCCCAAUACCGAUGCCGACGGCGCAUCCAACUAUGCCUAGUUAAAUGACACAGCACCGCAUGGAGUUCUGAUCAGGUGAAUCUGGUAUGAAAAGAUAGGAGAUUCCCAAAGCCUGUACCACGUCCAGGUAGUCAAUCAAAUCACAAACGGUGUCGUUCUAAUGACUCUAAAGUCGAGAUUUCUAGAGAACGAAGGCCAAAUCGACGGCAUAAUGACAGAAAAGUCCCCAGGAAGUAGGACCAAUUCAAACAUGGCCGAAAGACAAGUG